CUGUUUGGUCCUAACAAGCUUCAUGGUCGGUCAUGGAACUGCUGCAGUUCACAUUCCUGCUUUUACUUAUCAGCUUGAAAUGUUUGACAGGUUUUGGCCAGCAGUGUGGGGGUAACCAGUGGCAGUGUGAUGAUGGAGCUUGUCUGCCUCUUUCCUGGCACUGCGAUGGAAAUGGAGACUGUAUUGACGGCUCUGAUGAAAUGGCCUGCCCCUGUCCUAGGGGCCAGGUUGCCUGCAUGGCCGGGGCUCCUGGUUGUGUAAGUACCUCUGCAGUAUGUGAUGGGCUGCGCCAGUGUUCUGAUGGGUCUGAUGAGUUUAACUGCCCAGAGAACCAGGGCUGUCUGCAGGGGGACUGGAGGUGUAGGAAUAAGAUCUGCAUCCCCAAGGACCUAUACUGUAACGGUGCUAACGACUGUGUGGACAACUCUGAUGAGGCCUGUGGCCGGUGUGGUCCAAUGGCUGUGCGUUGUCCUGGAGGGGUGUGUCUGACUGAAGAUGAGAGAUGUGAUGGAAAAUUGCAGUGCUCUGAUGGCAGUGAUGAACCCUCUACCUGUGGGAGGACCUGUUCAGAAGAGAACGGUGGCUGCAGUCACUCCUGUGUGGAUAAGCCCUGGGGAGCCCUCUGCUCCUGUCCUAAAGGCCAUAGGCUAUCUGCUCAUGGAGCCUCCUGUCUGGAUGUGGAUGAAUGCGCUCUGCCUUACGGUCCAUGCAUGCACUUCUGUGUCAACACACCCGGGUCCUUCUACUGCCACUGCCAAGAUGGCUUCCAGCUUCAAGGAACCACCUACUGCUAUGCUAAAGGAAAUUAUACAAAGUUUCUGACUGCAACGAAGGGAACUAUCGGAUUCCUGAAUCUGAAGACUCUGAGAUUCGAGUCCAUUCAGAGUAUUGGCUAUGAUCCUCUGGCCUUGGCCUUUGACCUCUCCAGGAGCUCAUUCUACUGGGCUGAUGACCAGGGGAACAUCUACAAGGCUAAGGAGCAGCAGCGCAGGAUCCUUUAUCAUGGACAAUAUGGGGUUAGAAGUCUAGUCUGUGAUUGGCUGACAGGCCAGCUGUACUGGACCAACCAGAAGACCCGGUCUAUUCAUGUUGGGGCAGCUGAUGGGAGUGGAUUUGCAACAGUCUUGGCCAAGAACAUAGACCCGUUGGAGCUGGUCCUUCUUCCCAUUGAAAGCUUGUUGUUUUGGAUCAACAAAGGUCCAGGUGAUAAAAUUACUCUGGAGAGAUCUGGGAUGGAUGGGUUAAAGCAGGAAUCUCUGGUGGUCCUCACUGCACAGGCUCCACGGAGUCUGACCCUGGACGUUACAGCUCGGAGGCUGUACUGGAUGAGUGAUUUUAAAAAGUCCAUAGAGACUGUGCGAGUGGAUGGGAGUGGUCGCUACAGCUUUCUGGAGUUCUUUAAAAGGAGACCAGCUCAGAGCCUGGCGGUGUUUGACAGGUGGUUCUACUGGACAGAUCAGAAGGGUCUGUGGCGCUCCCCUCAGGACCGACCUAAUCAGAAGACCUUUAUUCAGAGGACAACACUCCCUGUCCUAGAGGCAUACCAUGAACAACAGCAGCCAAAAGCUCCAUCAGCCUGUGUAAAGUCUGGCUGCCAGCUCUGCAUGCUGACUCUGGACCUGCCUGCUGGGUUCACCUGUACCUGUCCUGAUGACAAACUGCUCAUGGCAGAUGGCUCAUGUGAAUAUCCCAGGUUUGCUUAUGCAACAUCCACAACACUGAACCUGUUUGAGUUGAAAGGGAAGGAGCUGAUCAAGACAAAACUGCUGACUACAGAUGAUGUCAUGGAGUCUUUUGACAUCGACUGGAGGGGGGACUGGGUCUACUGGGCGAACAGCACUGGUCAUGUGAUGCGCUGGAACCUCAAUACCGGCCAAACAGAAACUGUCCCUACGCUGAGACCAGCCUGCGUGGUGGCAGUAGACCAGAAGAUGAGAAAUCUGUACUGGCUGUCAUGUGAUGAAGUCUGUGUUGGCGUCACUAACAUGGAUCAGGGUUACCCACGAAGACUGUACCAGUCAGGCAGUGAGGUAAGAGCUGUUUAUCUGGACUGGCAGCGGGGGAGGCUGUACUUGCUGGAGGCUGGCUGGAUCCUAUCCAUGAGACUGCCAGGAGGAAACCCUAGGAAAGUCCUGAGAGUGGAGGGACACAUCGCUGGGCGCAUUGUUUUGGACCUACAAUCUAACACACUGCUCUGGAACACAGAGGGGGACGAUCUGAAGAUCAUGAGUCUGUUGAAGUCCCAGACUCACCUGGCAGGCAGAGAGUGGAAUGUCCCUGGUUCCAUCAUGGCCGCUCACUCUCCGCUCCUGGUGUCGCUGUUUAAUGAUGUCAUCACUGUGUGGGACCGACGGGACAGGAGGCGUGUCCACGAUGUCCCUGUCGGACCAGGCGUUGUCAGGGUGAUUGUGGCUCUGGAUGUAAAAGAAGUGCCUCCUGCUCAGCCAGUCUGUACCAGUCCAUCAGUGAUGUGUCGGGGCUCAACUUUGUGCAUCUCCCAAACUCAGCUGUGUGACACAUUGAGAGACUGCCCUGAUGGUUUUGAUGAGGAGUCCUGCAUUACUAAAUGUCCAAACCGAGGUGAGUUCCGGUGUAAGGACAGGAGGAAAUGUAUUGAGAGGAGUCUUGUUUGUGAUGGACGCGCUCAUUGCCAUGAUGGCUCAGAUGAGAUUGGCUGUCCAACGAUAGCUGCUCCAACAUCCCAAACCGCGCCCCUGAAGUGCCGUAUGGGUUCCAGACUGUGCAAGGAUGGGAGAGAGUGUGUCCUGCAUAGCCAUGUUUGUGAUGGAGAGGUGGACUGUAAGGAUGGAUCAGAUGAACAGGACUGUGAGCGCCUCUGCAAAGCAGGUCAGUUCCAGUGUGCUCAUGGGAAGAAGUGUAUCGACCAGCAGCAGAUGUGUGAUGGGAAGGCACAGUGCCAGGACCGUUCUGAUGAAAUGGACUGCUUCAAGCGCACCAAGAGCUGCAGUCAUCGCUGUGACAACAAUAGCCGCUGUAUCCCAGAAACCUUCCUCUGUGAUGGAGAGAGAGACUGUUCGGAUGGCUCUGAUGAGGAAGGCUGUGAUUCUAACAAGGCCCUUCCUCCUGUCCUGCCAACUCUGGCUCAGACCUGUACUAGUCCAUCAGUGAGGUGUCGGGGCUCAACUUUGUGCAUCUCCCAAACUCAGCUGUGUGACACAUUGAAAGACUGCCCUGAUGGUUUUGAUGAGGAGUCCUGCAUUACUAAAUGUCCAAACCGAGGUGAGUUCCGGUGUAAGGACAGGAGGAAAUGUAUUGAGAGGAGUCUGGUUUGUGAUGGACGCGCUCAUUGCCAUGAUGGCUCAGAUGAGAUUGGCUGUCCAACGAUAGCUGCUCCAACAUCCCAAACUGCGCCCCUGAAGUGCCUUUUGGGUUCCAGACUGUGCAAGGAUGGGAGAGAGUGUGUCCUGCAUAGCCAUGUUUGUGAUGGAGAGGUGGACUGUAAGGAUGGAUCAGAUGAACAGGACUGUGGUGAAUCUCCAGUUCCACUUACUACAGCUUAUUUGGCUCCAACUACAACCAUUCCAGAUAUUCUUCCUGCUCAGCCAGUCUGUACCAGUCCAUCAGUGAGGUGUCGGGGCUCAACUUUGUGCAUCUCCCAAACUCAGCUGUGUGACACAUUGAAAGACUGCCCUGAUGGUUUUGAUGAGGAGUCCUGCAUUACUAAAUGUCCAAACCGAGGUGAGUUCCGGUGUAAGGACAGGAGGAAAUGUAUUGAGAGGAGUUUGGUUUGUGAUGGACGCGCUCAUUGCCAUGAUGGCUCAGAUGAGAUUGGCUGUCCAACGAUAGCUGCUCCAACAUCCCAAACUGCGCCCCUGAAGUGCCUUUUGGGUUCCAGACUGUGCAAGGAUGGGAGAGAGUGUGUCCUGCAUAGCCAUGUUUGUGAUGGAGAGGUGGACUGUAAGGAUGGAUCAGAUGAACAGGACUGUGAGCUUCUCUGCAAAGCAGGUCAGUUCCAGUGUGCUCAUGGGAAGAAGUGUAUCGACCAGCAGCAGAUGUGUGAUGGGAAGGCACAGUGCCAGGACCGUUCUGAUGAAAUGGACUGCUUCAAGCGCACCAAGAGCUGCAGUCAUCGCUGUGACAACAAUAGCCGCUGUAUCCCAGAAACCUUCCUCUGUGAUGGAGAGAGAGACUGUUCGGAUGGCUCUGAUGAGGAAGGCUGUGAUUCUAACAAGGCCCUUCCUCCUGUCCUGCCAACUCUGGCUCAGACCUGUACUAGUCCAUCAGUGAGGUGUCGGGGCUCAACUUUGUGCAUCUCCCAAACUCAGCUGUGUGACACAUUGAAAGACUGCCCUGAUGGUUUUGAUGAGGAGUCCUGCAUUACUAAAUGUCCAAACCGAGGUGAGUUCCGGUGUAAGGACAGGAGGAAAUGUAUUGAGAGGAGUCUGGUUUGUGAUGGACGCGCUCAUUGCCAUGAUGGCUCAGAUGAGAUUGGCUGUCCAACGAUAGCUGCUCCAACAUCCCAAACUGCGCCCCUGAAGUGCCUUUUGGGUUCCAGACUGUGCAAGGAUGGGAGAGAGUGUGUCCUGCAUAGCCAUGUUUGUGAUGGAGAGGUGGACUGUAAGGAUGGAUCAGAUGAACAGGACUGUGGUGAAUCUCCAGUUCCACUUACUACAGCUUAUUUGGCUCCAACUACAACCAUUCCAGAUAUUCUUCCUGCUCAGCCAGUCUGUACCAGUCCAUCAGUGAGGUGUCGGGGCUCAACUUUGUGCAUCUCCCAAACUCAGCUGUGUGACACAUUGAAAGACUGCCCUGAUGGUUUUGAUGAGGAGUCCUGCAUUACUAAAUGUCCAAACCGAGGUGAGUUCCGGUGUAAGGACAGGAGGAAAUGUAUUGAGAGGAGUUUGGUUUGUGAUGGACGCGCUCAUUGCCAUGAUGGCUCAGAUGAGAUUGGCUGUCCAACGAUAGCUGCUCCAACAUCCCAAACUGCGCCCCUGAAGUGCCUUUUGGGUUCCAGACUGUGCAAGGAUGGGAGAGAGUGUGUCCUGCAUAGCCAUGUUUGUGAUGGAGAGGUGGACUGUAAGGAUGGAUCAGAUGAACAGGACUGUGAGCUUCUCUGCAAAGCAGGUCAGUUCCAGUGUGCUCAUGGGAAGAAGUGUAUCGACCAGCAGCAGAUGUGUGAUGGGAAGGCACAGUGCCAGGACCGUUCUGAUGAAAUGGACUGCUUCAAGCGCACCAAGAGCUGCAGUCAUCGCUGUGACAACAAUAGCCGCUGUAUCCCAGAAACCUUCCUCUGUGAUGGAGAGAGAGACUGUUCGGAUGGCUCUGAUGAGGAAGGCUGUGAUUCUAACAAGGCCCUUCCUCCUGUCCUGCCAACUCUGGCUCAGACCUGUACUAGUCCAUCAGUGAGGUGUCGGGGCUCAACUUUGUGCAUCUCCCAAACUCAGCUGUGUGACACAUUGAAAGACUGCCCUGAUGGUUUUGAUGAGGAGUCCUGCAUUACUAAAUGUCCAAACCGAGGUGAGUUCCGGUGUAAGGACAGGAGGAAAUGUAUUGAGAGGAGUCUGGUUUGUGAUGGACGCGCUCAUUGCCAUGAUGGCUCAGAUGAGAUUGGCUGUCCAACGAUAGCUGCUCCAACAUCCCAAACUGCGCCCCUGAAGUGCCUUUUGGGUUCCAGACUGUGCAAGGAUGGGAGAGAGUGUGUCCUGCAUAGCCAUGUUUGUGAUGGAGAGGUGGACUGUAAGGAUGGAUCAGAUGAACAGGACUGUGGUGAAUCUCCAGUUCCACUUACUACAGCUUAUUUGGCUCCAACUACAACCAUUCCAGAUAUUCUUCCUGCUCAGCCAGUCUGUACCAGUCCAUCAGUGAGGUGUCGGGGCUCAACUUUGUGCAUCUCCCAAACUCAGCUGUGUGACACAUUGAAAGACUGCCCUGAUGGUUUUGAUGAGGAGUCCUGCAUUACUAAAUGUCCAAACCGAGGUGAGUUCCGGUGUAAGGACAGGAGGAAAUGUAUUGAGAGGAGUUUGGUUUGUGAUGGACGCGCUCAUUGCCAUGAUGGCUCAGAUGAGAUUGGCUGUCCAACGAUAGCUGCUCCAACAUCCCAAACUGCACCCCUGAAGUGCCUUUUGGGUUCCAGACUGUGCAAGGAUGGGAGAGAGUGUGUCCUGCAUAGCCAUGUUUGUGAUGGAGAGGUGGACUGUAAGGAUGGAUCAGAUGAACAGGACUGUGAGCUUCUCUGCAAAGCAGGUCAGUUCCAGUGUGCUCAUGGGAAUAAGUGUAUCGACCAGCAACAGAUGUGUGAUGGGAAGGCACAGUGCCAGGACCGUUCUGAUGAAAUGGACUGCUUCAAGCCCACCAAGAGCUGCAGUCAUCGCUGUGACAACAAUAGCCUCUGUAUCCCAGAAACCUUCCUCUGUGAUGGAGAGAGAGACUGUUCGGACGGCUCUGAUGAGGAAGGCUGUGAUUCUAACAAGGCCCUUCCUCCUGUCCUGCCAACUCUGGCUCAGACCUGUACUAGUCCAUCAGUGAGGUGUCGGGGCUCAACUUUGUGCAUCUCCCAAACUCAGCUGUGUGACACAUUGAAAGACUGCCCUGAUGGUUUUGAUGAGGAGUCCUGCAUUACUAAAUGUCCAAACCGAGGUGAGUUCCGGUGUAAGGACAGGAGGAAAUGUAUUGAGAGGAGUUUGGUUUGUGAUGGACGCGCUCAUUGCCAUGAUGGCUCAGAUGAGAUUGGCUGUCCAACGAUAGCUGCUCCAACAUCCCAAACUGCGCCCCUGAAGUGCCUUUUGGGUUCCAGACUGUGCAAGGAUGGGAGAGAGUGUGUCCUGCAUAGCCAUGUUUGUGAUGGAGAGGUGGACUGUAAGGAUGGAUCAGAUGAACAGGACUGUGAGCUCCUCUGCAAAGCAGGUCAGUUCCAGUGUGCUCAUGGGAAUAAGUGUAUCGACCAGCAACAGAUGUGUGAUGGGAAGGCACAGUGCCAGGACCGUUCUGAUGAAAUGGACUGCUUCAAGCCCACCAAGAGCUGCAGUCAUCGCUGUGACAACAAUAGCCUCUGUAUCCCAGAAACCUUCCUCUGUGAUGGAGAGAGAGACUGUUCGGACGGCUCUGAUGAGGAAGGCUGUGAUUCUAACAAGGCCCUUCCUCCUGUCCUGCCAACUCUGGCUCAGACCUGUACUAGUCCAUCAGUGAGGUGUCGGGGCUCAACUUUGUGCAUCUCCCAAACUCAGCUGUGUGACACAUUGAGAGACUGCCCUGAUGGUUUUGAUGAGGAGUCCUGCAUUACUAAAUGUCCAAACCGAGGUGAGUUCCGGUGUAAGGACAGGAGGAAAUGUAUUGAGAGGAGUUUGGUUUGUGAUGGACGCGCUCAUUGCCAUGAUGGCUCAGAUGAGAUUGGCUGUCCAACGAUAGCUGCGCCAACACCCCAAACUGCGGUGAAGUGCCUUAUGGGUUCCAGACUGUGCAAGGAUGGGAGAGAGUGUGUCCUGCAUAGCCAUGUUUGUGAUGGAGAGGUGGACUGUAAGGAUGGAUCAGAUGAACAGGACUGUGAGCUCCUCUGCAAAGCAGGUCAGUUCCAGUGUGCUCAUGGGAAGAAGUGUAUCGACCAGCAGCAGGUGUGUGAUGGGAAGGCCCAGUGCCAGGACCGUUCUGAUGAAAUGGACUGCUUCAAGCCCACCAAGAGCUGCAGUCAUCGCUGUGACAACAAUGGCCGCUGUAUCCCAGAAACCUUCAUUUGUGAUGGAGAGAGAGACUGUGUGGACGGCUCUGAUGAGGAAGACUGUGUGGCAAUUCUUUGUGGCCAGCAGCAGUAUCAGUGCAGUAAUGGUCAGUGUGUGUCUGAGGCUCUCCGUUGUGACGGCCAUGCUGACUGCGGAGACCAUUCUGACGAGGUGGGCUGUGCCAAACCCCCCCACUGUCCCCCGGAGCUCCGCUGCCCAAACAGCCACGAAUGUCUUGUGGAGGAAUGGCUGUGUGAUGGGGAACAGGACUGCCAGGACGGUUCAGACGAGAUGAACUGUAAGGUGUCUCCAGUGAAGUGUGGGGAGUUCCAGUGGAGCUGUGUCUCUAAGACCCAGUGUAUCCCUGCAACCUGUAGGUGUGAUGGACAGAAAGACUGUGAGGACCACAGUGACGAGGCCGGAUGUGACCAGUUGAAGUGCUCCAACCAGCUUUACCAGUGUGGUAGUGGAGAGUGUGUGGACCAUUCCUUGCUCUGUGACCAAAUCAUCAACUGUCCUGAUGGAUCUGACGAGGGGCACGGUUGUUCCACCAAUAACUGCUCCAGCCCUGGGACCCCCCAAUGUGACCAGCACUGUGUCAGCACCCCUUACGGACCGAGGUGCAUCUGUGCUGCAGGCUUCCGGCUCCAGGCUAACGGUUUGUCCUGUGUGGAUGUUGAUGAGUGUAAUGAGGUCCUACCACCUGUCUGCAGCCACACCUGCCUUAACACCCGCAGCUCCUUCCUGUGUCGCUGUCACCAUGGAUAUCUGCUGGAACCAAAUGGUCACAGCUGCAAGACCAAAGAUGAGGCUCACCUGCUGGCAUCUGUUCAGAAUGAGCUGCUGGUGUUGGGGUUGCAUAGCUCCAGCCUUUCAUUGCUCUCCACUAGUCAGACACCUGUGUUCUGUGUGGAUUAUGACUGGAGAGACCAGAGGGUAUACUGGGUCAGUCUGGAGGAGGAGAGCAUCAAGUGGACUUCCAUCAACACCAAGGACACAGGCACUCUGGUCAAAGGUGUGAAGUCUGAGUCUAUAGCUGUGGACUGGGUUGGCAGGAACCUGUACUGGCUGGAUGGGCUGGCUAGUCAGAUUCUGGCUGUGAGGCUGGGCACAUCUACAGUAAAGUCUCAGAACUACAUAGUGGUUCUGGAUGAGGAUCUGGAGCAGCCUCGCUCACUACUGCUGCUGCCACAGAAAGGGUUGAUGUAUUGGUCAGAGGUUGGUAGCAAUCCCCAGAUAGAGCGGUCAGGGAUGGAUGGCUCUGAGAGGAAGGUGGUGUUGACUCGUGGUCUCAGCUGGCCAGUCAGUCUCUCUGUGGACACUCUCACUGACCGAAUCUACUGGGCAGAUGAAAAACUGCAGUGCAUCGGCUCUGUGUCCCUGGAAGGACACAAUGUCAGGCUUCUGCAGCUGACUGAAAUGCCCAGUCCAUUCUCUGUAAUGGUUUUCAAUGACAUGGUAUACUGGUCUGACACCAAGAGGAGAACUAUUCAAGUAUCCCACAAGAACACGGGCAAGAAUCGCAAAGUUUUACUCAAAAGACCUGGACAGCCUUUUGGCAUCAGGAUUAUGCACCCCCUCCGGCAGACCAACGUGUCCAGCCCCUGUGAGAAGCUCCAGUGUUCCCACAUCUGUCUCUUGGCUCCAGGACUGUCUACAGGCCCCAGGGCUGGGUCUACGGGACCCAAAGCUGUGUGUAGAUGUGCAGCAGGGCUUCUCCUGGCUGGGGACGGCCUCACCUGCUCCACCCUUGUAGACACCACCUUCCUCUUGCUCCUCUCUCCUACUGCAGUUACACAGAUAUACCUUAGCACCAUCCAUAAUGGUGUGGGGUUGAAGCGGUUGCCUGAGCACCAUAUAUGGUCUCUGCCGUGGGUGCACCAGGCCUCGGGGCUGGAUUUGGCUGUACAGGAGAGGAAUUUAUACCUGGCUGAUGCUGCCCAGGGCUCAGUCGAUCUCCUGAAACUGAGUAGCUCAGGCCUGACACCAGACAGCAGAGUCCUGAAUCUCCAGGAUGAUACAGUGAUGGCUCUGGCUGUGGACUGGGUCACACUUAACUUGUACUGGAGCAGCAGGAAGCAGCCUGACCUACAUGUCACCACCACCAGGGGGCAGCACACUGCACCUCUACUCCAACUAGGCCUUCAGGGAACCACCUCCAUUGCCCUGCACCCCCCCACAGGACGCCUGUGCUUCACGGCCUUGGGCCAGGUGAAUGUGAGGAGCCUGCCGCAGGUGGACUGUGCCUUCAUGGAUGGACGUAGUCAGAAGCUGCUCUGGAGGAAGGCUGUGAUGCCAACCUCCCUUCUGUUCUCCAACAAGGGCACUCGGCUGUAUUGGGCUGACAUAGGUGCUGGAGUUAUCGACUCCAUUCUUCUGGAUGGUUCUAGAUAUAAACAGUUUAAAGCAGAUCCCGGCCUCAUGUCCCUCACACUGGCUGAGAACGUCCUCCUGUGGAGCAGCCUGGAUAAAGAUGUGACUAGAAUCUGGUUCAGUGAUGGAUUUCAGCCCAAGCAGCUGUGGUUUGAGGUCAAUACCAAUGUAGUGGCACUGAGGGUUUACAGCAAGACCAGUCAGAAAGGAACGAACAGCUGCUCAGAGCAGAACGGAGGCUGCAGUCAGCUGUGCCUGGCCUACCCAGGGGGGCGUAGCUGCCGAUGUGGACGUGGUUACCAACCUGUCGACACCAAAACGUGUAGCCCCUUCCCCUCCCUCCAGUGUCCAGAGGGCAGCAGGGCCUGUAGCGACGGCAGCAGGUGCCUCCCCCUCACAAAGUUCUGUAACCACCAAAUCGACUGCCUCGACCAUUCAGAUGAGAUCAAAUGUUGGUCUGGAGUGAAUCCCCAAGAUGUCAGCCAUAGUAAACCUUCCCUGGGGCAUGCUGGGAGCACCGUCCCCCCUAGCCAGGACUGGUCUGGGAGGACCACCCCCAGGGGGGUAGAGGUGCAGAAGCUGGACUCUGAGUCAUGUAAUGCCCAGCAGUGUAAUGGACAUGGGAAAUGUGUGACAAGGGGUGGAGAAACCACCUGCCAGUGUGUUCUGGGAUACCAUGGUGUGUUCUGUGAGGAGGGUGAGGGUCCAGGGGUCAGUAAUGCCCCCCUCACUUUGGGCAUCCUCAGCCUCAUUGGUGGAGUCCUCAUCGCUGCUGUCAUCAUCAGGAAGAGAGCAAGAGCUGCAGCUCGGGGCCAGUCCACAGACAAGGAGACUCUGAUGACCAAUAUGGAUGAACAGACAGUCUACGCUGUGUCUUUCAACAACGAUCUGUAUGAUCCUGACCAGGAAUUGAUCUCGUCUGCUGAUGGGACAUCUCAACAUCUGUAAAUGUUGUCUUUUCUCUUCUGCUCUGAAAUAAAGUCUAGGAUGUUGAACCUCA